AUGGCAAAAUCACUACGCUCGCAUUCUAAGCUUGCAGCACGAAAUCGCAAACGUUAUACACCUGACUCAGACUAUGCCGUCACUGCUGCUGCACGGCUUCAGCAAGUAUCUGAGCGUCUAAAGCAGCGUAUUCACACCCCCAAAGUGUCUGAACAGAACGGGACUCAAGAGGGCGACAGUAUCGAGGAGGAUGUCAUUGAUACAGAGGCUCAGUAUGAUCCCUCACGUGCAGAAGAAACAUCUUCUAUGACAAUGCCUGCACAGGGAGAUAUGCAGGUCGAGGCACCAGCGCCCAAGAAGAUCAGCACAUCGCAGCCUCGUGGCACGCGAAACGGCCAGCUCCGUGGCUCACGAAGCCAGAAAAUGCAGCGACACAAGUCACGAAACGCAGGCAAGCCUAAGCGACGCAGGUAA